AAAAUGGUGGGUGGAAAUAUCAGUACCCCUUUAAAACCCUAGGGGAACUCCGCUCAGCCCCCGGGAGGCACAGAGAAGCAAUGGGGUGGAAGGCGGCUGAGAAGAUAAUCAAGCAUUGGAAGAUCCUCAGAGGCGACAAUGUAAUGAUCAUAAGAGGGAAGGAUAAGGGCGAGACGGGUAUUAUCAAGCGCGUCAUCCGAUCCCAGAAUCGGGUCAUCGUCGAAGGGAAGAAUCUGGUGAAGAAGCACAUCAAGCAAGGGCAAGGACAUGAAGGUGGAAUCUUUUCCAUUGAAUCUCCCCUUCAUGUUUCAAAUGUCCAAGUUCUUGAUCCAGCUACUGGGAAACCAUGUAAAAUUGGGUACAAAUAUCUGGAAGAUGGAUCUAAGGUAAGAGUCUCUAGAGGAUUAGCAGCAUCUGGAACCGUAAUUCCUCGCCCAGAGAUACUAAAAGAAAGGAGAAAACCAAGACCAAACAUUGUUGGCCCCAAGGAUACACCAAUUGACCUUGUACUAGACAAAACAUAUGAUGCUAAAAGUGGAAUAGGCAUGCCUGAUCUUUAAAGUCCCCCAACAAUCCUUCAAGAUUUUGGCAGGAUCAAAUGACUACGGCAAUAUCCUUGGGAGAAGUUCCUGCUACUGUGAUGUCUAAAAUCUUCAAUGUUACUUAAG